AUGCCUUUCUGUCUCUCUCGCUCCCACCCCGCCAUCUCCUCUCCCUUAACUCCCCGCCGUCGCCUCUCACUCCUCAUCGCCGUCGCCUCUCCCUCCUCCCCACCGUCGCCUCUCACUCCUCCUCGCCGAGUCGCCUUUCCCUCCUCCCCGUCGUCGCCUCUCCCUCCUCCCCGGCGUCGUCGCUCCUUCCUCCCUGCCGUCGCGUCUCCCUCCUCCUCGCCGUCGCCUCUCCCUCCUCCCCACGGUCGCCUCUCCCCACUCCCCGUCGUCGCCUCUCCCUCCUCCCCGCGGUCGCCUCUCCCCACUCCCCGCCAUCGCCUCUCCCUCCUCCCCGCGGUCGCCUCUCCCCACUCCCCGCCGUCGCCUCUCCCUCCUCCCCGCGGUCGCCUCUCCCCACUCCCCGCCGUCGCCUCUCCCUCCUCCCCGCGGUCGCCUCUCCCCACUCCCCGCUGUCGCCUCUCCCUCCUCCCCACGGUCGCCUCUCCCCAAUCCCCGCCGCCGCCUCUCCCUCCUCCCCGCGGUCGCCUCUCCCCAAUCCCCGCCGUCGCCUCUCCCUCCUCCCCGCGGUCGCGUCUCCCCGCUCCCCGCCGUCGCCUCUCCCUCCUCCCCGCGGUCGCCUCUCCCCACUUCCCGCCGUCGCCUCUCCCUCCUCCCCGCGGUCGCCUCUCCCCACUCCCCGCCGUCGCCUCUCCUUCCCUCUCCGCCGUCGCCUCCGACGACAGGUGCACGAGCGCAAGCGCGGGUUGGUGCGCGAGCGGGUUGGUGCGCGAGCGGGUUGGUGCGCAAGCGCGACUUGUUUUCUCAAGCACCGUGGUUAUCAGGUGCGUUCCCGGUCCUUCCGUCCUCCCUCCCCCCCUCUGA